AUGACCCCCCUCGGUGGCGCCAUCGGCGCCGCCCCGGGUGCGCUCCGCGCGCCAGGGAGGGGGGGGGUCCAGCCCAGCUCCAAGGGGUCGGCGCGGACCUUCGACAGUUUUGGUAUUCGGGAGCUUUCGCCAGGUCGCUCCCAUGAGAUCUUCUUGACAGGCAGGCCUGGUGUUUCUUUGGCGUCAUACCUUGCUGCCGUUGUUGGUGAUGGGACUAAGUUGCUCUGCAGCGAUGCGGGCUCGGUGAGCCGACGGUCGUCGCUGCAGCACGAUGGCACGGUUUUUGCCAUCGGUUGGAAUUUGACUUUACCCUUCCUGCGUCCACCAUAG